AUCGACUUCUUCUUUCUCUCUCUCUCUCUCUCUCUCUCUCUCGCUCAUAUUCAUCAGCAUUCAACACAACACCCAACACGUCUCUCUCUCUCUCUCGGGACGAGCUUUUGGCCUUCUCUCUCUACCAACAUCUACGCCUCCAUCUCUCUCUCUCUCUCUCUCUCUCUCUCUGCUUUCUUUCUCCUUCGACAUCGGAUUCGAACCCUCGGGAGUUGGGCCCCUCGGGACGGGGACGGAGGCUACGGCGGCGAUGAUGAGUUCGGCUGAGGAGGACGACUGGAUGGCGGCGGCGAUGGCGGACAGCGGGGUCGUGGCGGAGCUGCUGGUCUUUCUGAAGCGGGCGCAUGCGGCUGCUUCGGCGGCGGCGGCUCCUGUCAAGCCGGCGAUCGUGCCGCCUGUGAGGUGGGGAGUUCGGCAACCGAGGUCGAGGACGGCUCCGAGAUGCGACGCCCCCGCCGCCGCCGCCUCUCAGAGGAAGGAUACGGAUUCAGCGAGGAACAGCCCGACAACUCCGCUCUCCUGGAGCGGCGGCGCCGCCUCUCCUUCGGCUACCGCGGACGGCUUCGAGGAGUCGAGCUUGCCGGCGAACCGCUCCUCCUCCGGCUCUGCCAGAUCCAAGGUUAUUGCUCCGAAUGAUGCCUCCUCCCUGGCUGUCAACAAGCUCAGAAAGAAGAAGACUUUCGCCGAACUCAAGGAUGAGGAGAGCUACUUGCUGAAUGAAAGGAUCCAUUUGAACAAGGACAUAGCAAGGCUGCGCGAGGCUUUCACGGAGCAGAGAGCUAGAAACGAAUCCUUGAAGAGGAUGAAGCAUGAUUUGAAUUUGCUUUCUGGAAAGGGCGACACGUCCACUGCAGAUGACAGAGAUGAAGCAACCUCUGGUUUGCAUGACAAGAUGGAAGCAUCUACAUCGGACCACCCUGCAUCACCACCAUCACCAAAACAUGAUACGAGCAAGUGUCGUCCAUCUUCCAGCUUUUGCAAAUUUCCUCAAACUGUCGUCAAGGACAGUGACAGUUCCUUCUUGCUACCUGAUCUAAACGUGAUGCCCUCUGAGGAGGAUUCUAGGCCUGAAUAUUUUCAUGGAUUGAGCUAAGUGAGAACAUCAUGGGUAUGCGGCUCCUUGUAAUUAAAGUGAAGCGACACUCAUGUCGAUGAUGUUCUGGGUAUAUCAUCGAGGAACGGAUAAAGAGGAGAGGAGCGGAUCUCCAUAUCCAUAUCUGCAAGAGCUCCAACUUAUGAGGAUGGUUCCGACUCUUUGUGAAGGUCAUGGACAUUACCAGCUGCGGUCGAGCUGAGAUGAUGUUGGAUUGCAGAGCGAGAUCUCCAUCUCAACUGGAUGGGGGUAAUAUCCUCGCCACUUCUUGAUCGUCGUAACUUGUAAGAACGGUAACUAAGCCAUUCUUUGUAGGCAAUUGGCAGAGCAACUUGAAUACAAUCUCAAAUUUGUUUGUU